AUGGCGGCGGAAGAGGAUUCCACAAGCACAGAAGGACAGAUUAUGCAGGAAGCGCUAAGACCGAGUCCGCAGGAGUCUAAGCUAUGCCGGCGAGAAUUUGCAAUCAUGAGCUGGACAUUGGCAGUGAACCAUGCCACAGUGACAACGCCCAUUUUGUAUGCCUCCUCGGUGCUGACUAAUGCAAAUGGCCAAGCCGGCAAUGCAAUGCUCUAUGGUGCAACCUUAGUUUGCAGCCUCUUCUUUGCGACGUUGAUAUUCGGCGUCCUGGGCUCAAAACAAGGCCUGUCUCUCUCUAUGGGACUGUAUUGCGUCUACGUUUUCCUGUUUGCAACUGCCGCCUCUAUGUGUGAUGUAAAGGAUGCCAAGGGCUCUUGCAUCCAGGGCAGCCCAUACCAGCUUUUAGUGAACUUGGGAGGAGCCUUCGUAGGUGGCAUUGGUGCCGGUGUGCUGUGGACCUGCCAGGGUGCCUUCUUUUCUGCAAUUUGUGCGCGGAUAGCUGAAGCAGAAGACCGAGAGACGCCCAACGUCACUGCAGAGCUAGCUGGAACCUUUGCAUUGAUUUUCUUGGCCAUGGAGGCAGUGAUCAGAGCUUCUGCAACGCUUUUGACAAAAUAUGCGCAUUUCCAGUACCCAGUAGUUUUCUAUAUUUUUUCGGGCCUUACGAUUGUCUCCACCUUGACUUUCCAAGUCCUGGCAACCGACAUGACCACAGCAGCGCCCCGCGGCUCCUUGUGCGCAAAGGCUCUGAGUGCCAUCCGGUUGUGGAAGGACCCCAAAACCUUUGUGCUGCAGUGCACCAAUUUGACCUGCGGCUUUGCAGCCGCCUGGUUAGGUGGCUACAUCGGCAGGUUCAUCCUCAGCAAAGCCCUGAGCAGCGAGUUCAUCGGCUUUGCAGGAGCUAUGUUGUCCGCCUUGGCCAGUGGGCUGUCCUUGGCCCUUGGCAUUGUUGCCAGGAAAAUUGGCAAAGGCCCUGUUGUUGCCUUGGGAUCUCUGGCAUUCCUGCUCUUGGGGGUGCUCAGCAAGUUUGUGGGCCACCCGGAGACCUGGGGAUGGGGUGUGCUCGUUUUCUACGUUCUCAUGGGCAUCGGUCGAGCUGUGUAUGAAAGCACAAACAAAGCUAUUUUUGCAGAUUUCUUCCCUGGGGAGGCCAGCGCAGGAGCCUUUGCCAACGUCUUCGUGUUCGGCACAGCGGCUUCAACGGCGGCCUUCACGUUGGGCGCGACCUCGAAGGAUAUGGUCGAGCUGCAGCUGCUGAUGGUUUUUGCUGUGCUCACAGUGCCGGGCUAUUUGCUGGCCUCUUUCAUCAAGCGGUGUCAGGAAGCGUCAAGUCAAUCAGACUGUGCUGACUCCUCGUCAUCACCGUGA